GUUUCGGGUGGCUCACUCACAAUGGCUGACUCCGCAUGGAUACCGGUAGCACUGACAGUAGUGACUGUGUUAUGUCAGCUUGCAGAGCAGUCCACUCCACCUCACGUUAUACUCAUUGUGGCUGACGAUUUGGGAUGGAACGAUGUCAGCUGGAACAAUCCCUCAAUGAUAACCCCUAACCUAGCCCAGCUGGCCCAUUCUGGUGUUAUCCUCAACCAGUCCUAUGUGCAGCCUUUGUGUACACCAUCUAGGACGGCAAUCAUGACCGGGGUUUACCCGUAUCACGUGGGUUUGCAGCACAAUGUAAUCAUGGGAUCGCAACCCAAUUUUCUACCGUCCAAAUACACUCUUCUUCCUCAGAGGUUGAAAAAGCGCGGUUAUACCAGUCACAUGGUCGGCAAAUGGCACCUUGGUUUCUGUAACUGGAGCUACACGCCAACUUACCGAGGAUUUGACAGCUUUUUGGGCUACUAUCAGGGUGCUGAGGAUUACUACACGCACAAAAUAGCUUUAGGGUACGAUUUUCGGUUCAACAAAGAAGUAUACAAGAACACCAAAGGCGAAUAUUCCACGAACACAUUUGAAAGACGAGCCGUGGAGAUCAUAUCUUCCCACAAUGCCUCUCAAUCUCCAUUGUUCCUGUACCUCCCGUUCCAAGCUGUGCACAGUCCUGUCGAGGUUCCAAAACACUAUGAGGAUAUGUAUCCGAACGUAGUGAACAAAGAGCGGAGAAAGUAUUGCGGUAUGGUGACGGCCUUGGAUGACGCUGUUGGUCGGAUCAUGAAGGCUUUGGACACAGAGGGAUUUCUGGACAAUGCUGUGGUUAUAUUCACAACCGAUAACGGAGGACUUCCCAUGGAAGGUGGAAACAACUACCCGCUCCGGGGCCAAAAGGCUACCUUGUGGGAAGGAGGAACUAGGGGCCCGGCCUUUGUCUAUAGUAAAACUCUCCUGAAAAAGACAGGUUACGUUAACAAUGGGUUGAUGCAUAUCGUGGACUGGAACCCAACCAUACAAGCCAUAGCCGGGAGUCCACCAGAGGAUGGACAAGACGGGGUGAACCAGUGGGACAUGAUCAGUGAAGGGACAGAGUCGGCCAGGAAGGAGUUCGUCUACAACUUUGACAACAUCGCCAACAACGGAGCCAUCAGGGUUGGUGACUAUAAGUUGAUCAUGGGGAAUGCCGGAAGAGGAGGCUGGUAUCCGCCACCAACUGUUUCGGACUGGAAGUGGAUGGAUAAUCCGGAUUUCCGGUCAUGGGAGGAGCUUACGGAGGUUUUUGCUGACGAGAUUAUGGCCAGGAUCAACAUCUCCAGCACACAGUACCAGUUGUUUAAUGUGAAAGAGGAUCCUACAGAACAUGUUGAUUUGGCUCCUACAGAAACUGCUAUUUUAAAGCGGAUGAUUGUAAAGAUGAAGGAUCUACAGAAGUCUCAAGUGCCGGCGGUUUUCCCUCCCCCGGAUCCCAAAGGGAACCCUCUGUUCCAUGGAGGGAUAUGGACCCCUGGGUGGUGUUAAGCUGUUUUGUUACAAUAAUCCAACGCAAAAAAAACCCCACAAAAACAGCGAACUAAAACAUACGGCUUUAUGAAUGCGUAUUAAGCGAAAAUGUAAGCUUAUUUGUGGACUGACAACCACUAUACUGUUAUCAAGUGGAGUUCAAAAACUUCCCUAUUGACGAAUGUUAAUGUAAUCAAAGUUGAUAUCUCCUGUCGUACUUACUUUUAAAUAAUUAUAAAAUGCUUUCCACUUUUAGAUGUCUUUAUUUUUCAUUAAGUGUUCUGUAAAUUUUUUUUUAUCUUUUUACUCUCAUGUGAUUUUUCAGAAGGUUAGGCACUAAACAUGUUGACAGUUACAUAAUCAAUGUAAGCUGUUUGGUUUAAGUGAGAGUAUUGCUAUAAAUCGCUUAGGUAAGAGGUUAGGUUUCACCCGAUUAUCCCUUGAGAAAUAUAUAGAAACGUUUUCCUUUUGCUCUUCAAACCUAUUUCUUUACAACUGCUCUAGAAUGUUCUCAAGACGAUAUCUGGUUAAAAUAUUAAUCACCUAAAGUUUGUUCAUUCAUUCACUCAUUCAUUCGGUAAUUGAUUCAUUCAUUCACUUAUUCUAAAGUAUUACCAGUUCACUGCUUAAGUCUCAGGACAGUAGGCCCAGUAAUCAGGCGACAGGUGGUGGCUUAAGUCGAAUCCUAUAAAAUGCACAAUCUUUGUGCUUCAUCACCUGGCACUCAGCAUAUAGGUUGAUACGCCAUUUUCAGGUUGGUUUCGAGUCCUCUAACCAUGCAUCUAUUUAUUUUUCUGACAGGUAACAUUUUCAGUGAUACUGAAAGGCACACAUACUCUGAUAAAAGGCUGACAUUCUUAGAGUAGAUCACUCAAUGGAAGACGAACUUUAAUCCGCCCUGAAUGAGCUCGAACGGAUUCCAAAAGAACUUGAACGCAACUUGAAAAAAUGUCGAUUUGAGGGAGUCAUUUUGCCACCAAUGAAUGACAGAGAUUCAGCUGAAUAUUGGCUGUAUUUCAACCAUAUCUUAGUAACCCAUUUGCAUGGAGGAUUUCAGUGUAACACGAUAAGAAUAACAAACUAAUCUUUUAAUAUAUAGAGUUAAAACGCAGAGAAUAAAACCAGAGCAUCGACGACAGUGUGAUGGUUGGCAAAUGUAACCAGUGAAAUACUUCUUGACGGAUACGGUUUUAUUCUAACUUUAUGUAAAUGCUUUAAUAGUAACAAAUUACAAGUCCCCAUAGUAGUUAACAUAAGUAGAAGUACAUGUAGGUAAUAAAAUGCAUUGAUGUUAAUAAAUUAUUAGAUGUCACUGGUUUGUUGCAUAUCAACCGCUUGGGACAGUCUUUCGAAAAGGUUAUAUUCGUACAUUCGUGUACCAGUCGUCAUCCAUGUAUAAUUGACUUUGCAGGUUUAACAUAGCUCGACCAGUUUUCAAAACAACGUUCAACACAAACCAGCAAAGAAAUGAAAGAAGUCUUACAAACAAGACGUUGGGAGUGAUUCGCUUUAUAUGGGAAGUAGUCCACAGUUUUCAUUGGCACAUUCUGGGCAAUUUUCUAUGAAAAACUGAUUGACUAACUUUGUUAAACACUCGCCUGUUUUUCAAGGUUUUGAUAAAUUGCUAUAUCUGUAUGGCACUAAUAAGCCAGCCUAACCUGGCGGUUUGCCAAUGUAAAGACAUAUAUAUCCUAAAUAAUGAAUAUAUAUGGAUAUAUAGUCUAAAUAAUGAAAAUUUUCUAUUAAAAAAAUCAAUACACGGCUAAAAACAAAAUACUG